GAGAGAGAGAAAGGGGAAGACAGAUAGAGAUCGAGAUAACACCUGAGGAUUAGGUGAGCUCCUCUUUUGGACUGGGAGUAGAGACAGGAGCAGGACAUGGCUGGGUACAAGCCCAGGGUGAUAGUUCUGAGUAAGAAGCCAGGUCAUAGCUUUGGCUUCUUACUGAGGGUGGAGCAAGGCGAGGAUGGUCACCUGCUCAGGAACCUGGAGAUGGGUGGGCCGGCCGAGCUGGCGGGUUUGAAGGAUGGCGACCGCAUCCUCCGGGUCAACGGAACCUAUGUGGACGAAAUGGACCACUCACGGGUGGUGGACCUGGUGAAGGAGAGUGGUGUAUCCAUCACCUUCCAUGUUCUGGAUGUGGCGUCCUACAAGCAGGCCAAGACUGAGGGGGUGGACCUGUCUGACCCUCACCCCAAACCCACCCAGCCCACCAUAAACGGAGUGGCAGGAGAGGCACCCAAACCGAAACUCUGCUACCUGGCCAAGUCCAGCGGGGGCUACGGCUUCUCUUUGCGCUCUGUCAAAGGUGAGGUGGGCAUGUUCAUGGCAGAGGUGACCCCAGGGGGUGUGGCCGAGAGGGCAGGGGUCAAGGCCAACGACCGUCUGAUAGAGGUCAAUGGGGAGAACAUGGAGAAUGCCACUCAUGACCAGAUAGUAGAGAAGGUCAAGGCAUCAGGCGGCAGAAUCAUGUUUCUACUGGUGGACGAAGACACAGACAAGUUCUACAAGAACAAACACAUCAGGCUAGGUGCGGGGCUAGCCACAGUGAAGUUCCUCCCACUGAAGCCACGCAUUGUAGACUUGGUCAAAGGAUCAGACGGCUAUGGAUACUUCCUUAAGGCCGAGCCUAACAAGACAGGACACUUCAUCAAGGACAUUGACAGGGGCAGCCCAGCUGAUAGGGCGGGACUAAAGGAGAUGGACAGACUGGUUGCCGUGGAGGGAGAGGAAGUGGACAGCUGCAGCCAUGAGCAGGUGGUGGACAGGAUCAGGCAGUGUGGCAACAAGUGCUGCCUCCUGGUGGUCGAUGAAGACACUUACACGCUCUACAAGAUGGGAGGCGUGUCUCCUCUUUUCUACUUGGAAGAGAUGGGAUACCUCCUUCCAGCGAGCCCUCCACCUAGCUACCCAGAGUGCGUCCCAGCCCUUCCCCCAGCCCCAGUUACCACAGCCCUCCUCAAGCUGUGUAAGAUGGAGAAGACCUCCGCCGGGUACGGCUUCCACCUCAACGGUAUCCAGGGGGUCUGUGGCCAGUACAUCAAAGAAGUGGUGAAGGGCGGAGCUGCGGACAGGGCGGGUAUGGAGGAUGAUGACAUUGUGGUGGAGGUGGAUGGUGUAAACGUGGAGCAGAGCAGCCACGAGCAAGUGGUGGGGUUGAUCCGUAAGAGCGGCAGCUCACUGGUGCUCCUAGUGGCUGGGAAGCAGGCCUACCACCACUUCAAAUCCAAAGGGGUGGCCAUCACACCACAGCUCCUCACACCCGCACCAACAUCCAGGUCCCCAUCCCCACCCCACUCCCCAGCUCGAAGACACACACCAGCCCAAAUAGACACACCAGCCACCCUGGAGGAAGUCAGAGAGGAGGAGGAGGAGGAGGAGGAGGAGGAAGCUAAGCCAGACACCCCACCACCCCAGACACGAGAGAGAACUCCAUCUGUGUCUUCAGCAGCAUCAUGCUCGAGUGUUGAUGAGAGACUCUGAGAAGUCAUCAAUGAGAAACAACAUCCUGACCUUUUCUGUCUCCCAUCAACCUUUGCACCAUGCAGGAUAAUGUGGAUAUCUCUGCAUAAAAAUUCUGAUCAAACUAAAUACAUUCAAAUGACAGUGGCUGUUUUAAGGUAUGAAUGCAAUCGGUUUAAAAUAGUAAUAAAUAGCUAUGUGUUUAUUGAUGUAUAAUUGCAUUGAUCAGUUAGAUGCCACUGAUACCAAACAAGCUUAUGGAUUCAUAUGAUCUUAUUACAAGCACCUGCAAUGUAGACAGAGAACACUAGUAAUACCAGUUCAAUAUAGACCGAGAACACUAGUAAUACCAGUUCAAUAUAGACCGAGAACACUAGUAAUACCAGUUCAAUAUAGACGAGAACACUAGUAAUACCAGUUCAAUGUAGACCGAGAACACUAGUAAUACCAGUUCAAUGUGUAAUACUAUAACAAAAACCAUAUAGUGACAUAGGCUACAUCUUAAUCAUAAAGCUGUCUUUUAGAUAGCAUUUAAAUUAUUGUCAUUUAUUAAGUAAAUCUGUUUUAUUUUAGCGUAUCCAAAGAGCCAUUGUGUCUUUCUGCUCAGAUGUCAAAUACUGCUCUCACAAAGAUAAAGUAUCCAGUCCCAGA